AUGACCAUCUCUUUGCGACGUCCAUCUAGCAACCAACUAGCCGUCUUACAAGCUCGCUCGGAGAAUCCCCCAUCUAUUGCGCAAGGUCUGAAGGCCCCGGACGCCUCCGACGGCCCUCCAGACGUCCGAUCCACCUUCAAGAAAUUGGUUAUGGAAUCCGUGACCCCCACAGAAUCCCUGGUGCCGGAUGAGCCCCCUGGCCUUGAUUGUGUGCGCGACCAGGCUACCUUCCCCAACGUGAAAUUUUUUACGCAGCGAGAAUGGAACGAAUACAAGCGCAACAACGGGAAGUCAACACGCAUCGGCGAGGAAAUUAUCCGAGGCAGGAAGAAGUCAGCCCAGGGCGAGAACCACACCGCCCUGUACAUCGAGCACAUUGAUGGCACGCCUGCGGAUGGUGACUACAUCAACGAUGCCCGCAAGUUUGCGCGCCAGUUGAUAAGCCUCGCGAUCUCGACUAACUAUACCUUGCCCAAGAAAUGGCGUGAGGCUGAUGUCUGGUUUCAGGAGCUCUUCUACUCGGCCCUUCGCAAGCGAUUCCCUCUUUUCCAGUUAUGUCACAACAACGCCAAGGGCAAUCUCUUCAUGACGCACACGUACUACGAGACUGUCACACGCAAAUGGGAGAACAUCCGUCCCCCCGGCGUUACUCUCAACGAUGCCAAGUAUACCCUGCCCAACCUGUCCGACAACGAAGAAUCACCGGACGACGCCCACGACGGCCCGGACGACAAUCGUCCUCGGCCACCCUCACCCCGCCCUUCGUCCAAGCGCCCGGCCGACGCAGUUAUCGCCUCGCAAAAACCCCCCCAGCGUGCUCGGGUGCGGGCGCAAGAUCCCCAAGGAGACCCUUCGAGCCCACGACCUGACAAGGGCAAGCAACGUGCGGGCCAGCAACGCGCGGGCCCAAGCCUCCUAUCUCUGAUAUCGACGUCAAUGACUCCUUUGCAACCCAGCCCGCGCGUUCCCGAAUGUCUCACCGCCCCAUCAGCAGCAGGCCUUGCCCCCGGGCAAUCCCUUGACCUCACAGCCCCCCCAGUGUCUCUGCCAUCUGCCUCGCCGUCAUCGCUCACCCUCGUACCUUCAGACAACCAUCCCUCCUCAUCUCACGUUGACCAUCCCGCCUUGCCCAUACCACAGACCCCAUCGCAGCCCCCCGCUUCACCCUCCCUCGUGCUGCGCCCGCCCGCUGACGUUUCGGAGGCUCCUCCGGUGUCAUCCGACGUCCCGGUCUCCGUCGGCGACAGUGUCGCCGACGUCGCUUCCGAGAGCGUGGCUGCAACAUCGUCGCACGUCCCUCCCACUCAAAAUUUGCCCGCAUCCAAAAAACCUCGUCCUCCUCGCAAGGCCCCGCAGUGGCCUCCGCCAUCAGAGUUGCGUGGGACCAAGUGGGCAUACGCAAGGCACUGGUACAAAGAGAAUGCCGGCACCGAGGCCGAAUUCGAAAAGCACUACAAGGCCAUGAGUCCCACAGAUCGCAAGAAGGCAGCCCGCGAUUGCCAACAAUGAUCUUCGCCACGCCGUUGUCAGGUGCACGACUGCACAUCUGCAUGCCAAACCAUCCCAUCGUCUCGCUCUCGACUCUCGUUCCCCGACGCUUCGACGUGAACACCUCCGCUCCUUCCCCGCCUCGUCUCCACGUCGUCCCCCGGUCUGGCUAUCCGCGUCCGACAGCUCACGAGCUCCGGUUCAAGUUCGUGAUGCAUACCCGCCUGUGAGGUAGCCCCGCCACGACAAAUGUGGCACGCCUACCUAGGGAAAGUGGAGCGGGAGCCGCCUGUGAGGUACUGAACCCAAGUGCGCCCUAUCAUAACCGGGGGUAUACAGCUCUUUCCGAACGCGUCUG